UGCAUCCUUCUGCUGAAGUGGGUCUCCCUGGUGAGUGGAAGGGUUCCGGCGAUGAUCGUGUUUGGGGACUCAUCGGUGGAUGCGGGGAACAACAACUACAUAGCGACGAUGGCUCGGAGCAAUUUCGAGCCGUAUGGGCGGGACUUCGUCGGAGGAAAGGCAACUGGGAGAUUCAGCAAUGGCCGAAUAGCAACCGAUUUCAUAUCCGAAGCCUUUGGAAUCAAAGCAUAUGUGCCCCCAUUCUUAGAUCCUAAUUACAAUAUCUCACACUUGGCCACUGGCGUCACUUUUGCUUCUGCUGCCACUGGCUAUGACAAUGCUACCUCUGAUGUCCUCUCUGUGAUACCAUUAUGGAAGCAGUUGGAGUACUACAAGGGAUACCAAAAGAAAUUAAGGAGCUAUUUUGGAGAAAGAAGGGCAAAUGAGACCAUAGCCAAAGCGUUGCACGUAAUAAGUGUAGGAACAAAUGAUUUCUUAGAGAACUAUUAUGCAAUCCCUGGAAGGGCAUCACAAUACACACCAAGAGAGUAUCAAAAUUUUUUGGCUGAAAUAGCUGAGAAUUUCAUUCACAAACUGUAUGGUAUUGGUGCUAGGAAGAUAUCCUUAGGAGGUUUACCUCCCAUGGGGUGCUUGCCAUUGGAGAGAACAACAAAUUUUGUUGGUGGGAAUGAAUGUGUGGCCAAUUACAAUAAUGUUGCAUUGGAGUUCAAUGAUAAACUCAGCAAAUUGACAACAAAGCUCAAGAAGGACCUUCCUGGGAUCAGAUUAGUAUUUUCAAAUCCCUAUGAUAUUUUGUUGCAUAUUAUUAAAAAGCCCGCUCAAUAUGGGUUUCAAGUGACUUCAAUGGCAUGUUGUGCCACUGGAAUGUUUGAGAUGGGAUACGCAUGCAGCAGAGCCAGUUCUUUCAGUUGCAUAGAUGCUUCCAAAUAUGUCUUUUGGGACGCAUUCCAUCCAACAGAGAAAACCAAUGGUAUCAUUGCAAAUUACAUGGUCAAGAACACAUUAGCUCAAUUUUUGCAUUAA